AUGGCGUUGCGACUACUCGUCAACACCGGUCUUUUGGCAAUCCCGAUCGGAGGCUCGGUCGGCACAUUGCUAGGUAUUGAUGCACACCGAUCAGCGACCGGUCAACCACCACUCUUCACCAGCGACGGCAAUUCCAAUACCGGUUCAGGCUCUGGCGGCGAUAGCACUGGCGGCGGUUCAGGCGGCAGUGGCUCUACGACGAAUAACGGCGUCACAAACACUCAGUAUUGCCAGAGUUCCUAUGGUAUCUCACCACCAUCGGACGGCCAGCUCUAUACUCUCAAUCCCAACCAGUGGGGAGUCACAGAUACAACUUCGGGAGCGCUAUGCAUGAAUGUCACGACUUACAACAAUGAAACCUACGCGACCAAACAAACUGCACCAGGCUUCUCUGUGACUUGGCAAUUCGAUCCCGGCCCUUCGACCCAGCCUGUGCAUGCCUUCCCUAAUAUUAUGGUGGACAAUGUCCUCCCCAUUGAGCUGGACAAGAUGACCAAGGUGGACCUCGACCUCCACUGGACCUAUGGCAUAGGCAACACCGUCGCCUCAUCCACCGUUGAAUCCACCCUCACCGCAGACAACCUCCAAACCAACGUUGCUAUCGAUAUGUUCUUUGACUCCGACAAAACCAAUGCAGGAAACAGCACGCUCGCCAAAUACGAAGUCAUGGUCUGGUUUGCUGAUUUCGGUUCUGCCGCUCAACCCAUUGGUCUCUCCGCCGGCGCUGUGACGACAAAGACGUUAAAUGGGACAACCUUUUCACUCUACACUGGAACAAACUCGGCUAAGCAGAACGUUCUGUCAUGGGUUGCUACCGAAACAACCGAGGAAUUCACCGGCGAUAUUUACCCCCUCAUCACCGAUCUCUACACAUUGACGGGCGACAUCUACCCGUCUAACUCGGACUAUAUGGGUAUCUUCCAAUUCGGUACUGAGGCGUUCUCUUCAGACAAGAACGUUACGUUCUCGGUGCCCAAACUCUCGAUUGACAUUCAGAAAUAA